UCUCCCGAAUCAUUCUUUCGAGAAAUAGGGGAACCACCAAUGGAAGUCAAGAGCGACAGUCAAGCGGGUUGUAGAGUAACAGCCAUCAACAUCGUCGCCUGUACUCGUCAUCCCGCGCCGCCACGCUCAACAAUUCAUUAAAGGGAAAUCCUGCGGGAUUUUGACAGCAAGAUAAUUGAAAUCUAUGAUCAGAAGCAACCAUGCCCAAUCGUGAACCACCGGGUGACCAAGAAAGCCCUGAAACGGACACUGAAUUCGUGUUUGCUGACUGCGUGGAACUCUGUGCCUGUUGCGUCUGCACCGUCGGCAUCGUUGUCAGUUUGGCGAGCAUCAUCUACUUUCUCUGGGACUUCUUCAGGACCGGAGAACACUCCAAUGGAGCACAUAACUACACCGCGCUGCUCGCAAUGUCGCUAACAAGGUCCGUCAAUCCUUGCGACAACUUCUACCAGUUUGUGUGCGGCGGAUGGAUCAAACAUCACGGGACUGGGCAACCCUCGCUUGUAGACGAGCUCGAGAUGAGGGUCUUCAGGGACGCGGCGAAGAGACUCGACGAUGUCCCGGUCGCUUCGCGUGAUGACACAAAGAUGGCUGUCGUCAAGGCGAAGUUGCUAUUUGCGUUAUGCCGGAAUGCUCAAGGGAAGAGCCACCAGGACGGGGAGGCUCUCGGUGACUUCCUGACUACUCGCAUUAGCUUUCCAGAUGUUAGGCCUAUGGAAGCGGAUAACAUAGUUGCGCUCCUCAUCGAAUUGUCGUUAUCUUACAAGAUACACACUUUAUUUACUGCUGAACUGUUCGCGGACCAUGACAGCAACGCUCUCCCAACGGUAUCAUUAACUCCGAACAACCAACUAACAGAAUGGCUGCAGAUGAGGAACAGCUUUAGCUCGGCAAAAAAAUUGAAGGACUUCAUGCUUGCUCAUAUCAAAGUUCUGCCCAACUUCCAAAGCCAGAGCGCUGACGCUCUUCUCGAAGCUAUCGUGGAGGCGGAUGCAACAAUUAUACCUCAGCUUAUCAGUGGCUACGACGUCACUGGGGAGGUAUUCCAGAACUUGGACAAAGUUAUCCCAGGAGCUGAUGGACAAGUAUGGGUGGAUGCGGUAAACAAGCAGACAGUACCGUACUUCACUGUGAAGAUAUCCGACUACGUUAAAAUUGAGCACACACAAACGUUUAACCGCAUCGGUAAGCUGCUUGCAAACAAUAGGAAUGACCAAAAGUUGUUGCCAACCUUUAUUGGCUGGCACUUGGUUAGACAACUGGCCUCUCGCGUAUCACACGAAGUGGCGCAAAUGGAAUUCAAAAGUGCUCAAGACCACUACGACGCGUGUUUCAAAGAAACUGGCGAGCUUAUGCCCCUUGCAGCCAGUCGUCCUUUUACAACGACCUCCCCGUCAGAGUCUACAAGACAGCUAGCAGCGACCAUCAUUGAAGAUGUGCGAGGUCACAUAGCUGAGGUUUUCUUAAUGACAGCCUGGUUUGAUAAGAUCAGUCGUAAGAAGUCUAAGCUUAAGAUAUAUAACAUGCAAGUGGUUCUCGUGGAACCCGACGUUGCCAUGAAGACUACUGACCUGAAUGCCUAUUACACCAACUUCACGAUUGAGGACAGCUACUUUAAAACGUGGCUCAAGGCGAGCAGGGCCGCAGGACAGCGCAAAAUGGUGUCCUUAGAGAAAGGGGAGACCUUCAUGACGUACGAGUUUCUCCCAAUACAGGUGAACGCCUUCUACGACCGACAGUUCAACGCCUUCUUUCUGCCGAGUGGUAUCAUUCGACCUCCAUAUAUUGACGAUACCCUUCCAGCAUCUUUCAACUAUGCCGGCCUCGGUGCUGUCGUUGGUCACGAAACCAUGCACGGCUUCGACAUUAUCGGCAAAGAUCGCGACGAGUUUGGAAAGCUGGCCAGCUGGUGGAGUCCAACCGUUCUGCAAGAGUACCUCCAGAGGGUAGCAUGCCUUCAAAAAGCUUACAAAUCCGAUCCGGCUUUUAUGACAGAGAACGUGGCUGACUUUGCAUCUCUCAGAGCCAUCUACUCUGCUGCCUCGAACAGGUCCUCAGCACCGGACGACAUGCCAAAGCCUGAAGCAUUAGCAGAAUUCUCGUUGGAACAGCUAUUCUUCAUUAAUUACUGCUUCAAACUAUGUUCUCGUUCCACUGUGGCAGCGGAGGGUUAUCCAACGGACCAGGACAGAUGUAACGUGGCCUUGAGGAACUUCCGUCCAUUUGCGUCUGCCUUUCGGUGCCAGUUGUGGGACAAAAUGAAUCCGGCUAAGCGGUGUGGAUUUUGGUUACCGCCAUAACAGCAAUAGUUUUAACGAAUCUGUUGCGUACUUCUGAAAAUGUAUUGGUAAUCCGGCAAUAUCGGUACUUUCCUAUUAUGUAAUGCAUUGUUUUGUGAGAACAGGAUGGGGUUGGGGCAGGUAACAGCGGCAAGUUGU